GCUAUUCGUAUAUAUUGUGAUUUUUGAUUAAUUAUUGAAGCGCCAUCUGGUGAUGGUCACCUUGACCUGUGACCCACAAAUGAUCUUGAUCUAGAACCGGAGUCACCUUGCAUUUUAUCUCACUAUUCAUUGAUAAUGAACUGUCAGUAGCCUGGCUACUGAUUGACAAAGACAAACGAAGACACGGGGACUCAGCAGAACAGCAUAUUCAAAGGCUACACACACAAUAAAAAGCUCCACCUAGUGUCAAAAUGAAGGUACUACAUCUUGCCUCCCGAGUUCAUCAGUUACGGAGUGCCACCUCUCAGAUAUCCCAAAAUGCACUGCAGUGUCGCACAGCCGCCCCAGGACUAUGGCAGUUGCGAUAUAAAUCUGGACAGCAUGGGGAUGUUAAACCAAUAAAGAAAUUGUUAGUCGCUAACAGAGGUGAAAUUGCUAUAAGGGUAUUUAGAGCGUGUACAGAAAUGAAUAUCAAGACCGUGGCCAUAUACUCCGAGCAGGAUCAGAUGCAUAUGCAUCGUCUCAAAGCAGAUGAAGCAUAUCUUAUUGGGAAGGGACUACCUCCUGUGGCAGCGUAUCUCAGUAUUCCAGAAAUUAUACGAGUUGCCAAGGAACACGAUAUAGAUGCAAUUCAUCCCGGGUAUGGGUUCCUUUCUGAGAGACAUGAUUUCGCUCAAGCAUGUGAAGACAAUGGAAUACGACUGGUUGGUCCAUCUCCAGAGGUUAUUAGAAAGAUGGGAGACAAGGUUGAGGCACGUGUGGCAGCUAUUGAAGCAGGUGUGCCGAUUGUACCUGGAACCCCAGGUCCAGUAGAGAAUGUAGAGGAUGCUUUAGUGUUCUGUGAGCAGGUGGGGAUGCCUGUCAUCUUCAAGGCAGCUUAUGGAGGUGGUGGUCGGGGCAUGAGGAUGGUCCGUAACAUAGAGGAUGUGGCAGAAUCAUUUGAAAGAGCAAGGUCUGAAGCUCAUGCAGCAUUUGGUAAUGGAGCACUAUUUUUAGAAAAGUUUAUUGAACGACCUCGUCAUAUUGAAGUUCAAAUAUUAGGAGACAAAGCUGGCAAUGUUAUCCAUCUUUAUGAACGUGAUUGUUCUGUACAACGUAGACAUCAAAAGGUUGUGGAGAUUGCUCCGGCUCCAAAUCUCCCUGAGGUAUCACGACGCAAAAUGGCCGCUGAUGCUGUUAAACUUGCAAAGCAUGUUGGGUAUGAGAAUGCAGGAACCGUUGAGUUCUUAUUGGAUGAAUCCGGCAAAUACUACUUCAUUGAAGUAAAUGCCAGACUUCAAGUGGAACACACAGUGACAGAGGAAGUCACGGGUGUUGAUCUGGUUCAAUCUCAAAUCCGUGUGACAGAAGGUCAAUCCUUACCAGAGCUAGGCCUUAACCAGGAGGAUGUGAAACUCCAUGGAUGUGCCAUUCAGUGUCGCAUGACAACAGAAGACCCCGCAAGAGACUUCCAGCCAGAUACUGGUAGGAUAGAGGUGUUCAGAAGUGGAGAAGGCAUGGGGAUUCGAUUGGAUGGAGCAUCUGCAUUUGCUGGAGCAAUUAUUUCACCGUAUUAUGACUCCUUGUUAGUGAAAGUUAUUGCGCACGCUUCCAAUCAUAAGAAUGCAUGUGCAAAGAUGUUGAGAGCACUGAUGGAGUUCAGAAUUAGAGGGGUGAAGACUAACAUCCCAUUCUUAUUGAACGUGCUCCAAAACGAACGUUUCACUGAUGGCUCCGUGGACACCUACUUCAUAGACGAACACCCUCAGCUCUUCCAUUUGGUGAGGAGUCAGAACAGAGCACAAAAGCUACUUUAUUUCCUUGGACACGUCGCGGUGAAUGGCCCAACGACCCCUCUUGCUACUACGCUGAAACCAGCAGAAAUAACUCCAUCUGUGCCUGAUGUGCCAUUUGGAGCUGAUUUGAAAAGUGGAUGGAGAAAGAUCUACAAGGAGCAAGGUCCUGAAGCAUUUGCCAAAGCCAUACGCAACCAUGAAGGUGUUUUACUAACGGAUACAACAUUCCGUGAUGCUCACCAGUCUCUCUUAGCAACCCGUGUAAGAACACAUGAUCUGAAACGAAUCUCGCCAUUUGUGGCGCACAACUUUAGUAAUCUACUCAGUGUGGAGAAUUGGGGAGGUGCAACAUUUGAUGUUGCCAUGAGGUUCUUAACAGAGUGUCCCUGGGAAAGACUUGAGACUCUCCGCAAACUGAUCCCCAAUAUCCCGUUCCAGAUGUUGCUAAGGGGAGCUAAUGCGGUUGGAUACACCUCAUAUCCUGAUAAUGUUGUACAUAAAUUCUGUGAAGAAGCUGUCAAGACAGGCAUGGAUAUAUUCCGUGUGUUCGACUCCCUCAACUACGUUCCCAAUCUGAUGUUGGGCAUGGAAGCAGCAGGGCAAGCAGGUGGCAUUGUUGAGGCUGCCAUAUCAUACACCGGAGAUGUAUCUGAUCCAGCACGUACCAAGUACAAUCUCGACUAUUACGUUGAUCUAGCUGAGGAACUCGUAAGAGGAGGAACUCAUAUUCUAUGCAUCAAGGACAUGGCAGGUCUACUGAAGCCCAAGGCUGCUACCAUGUUAGUUUCUGCACUCAGGGACAAAUUCCCAGAUGUCCCUAUCCACAUCCACACCCAUGACACUGCAGGGGCUGGUGUAGCCUCUAUGCUUGCCUGUGCAGAGGCUGGUGCUGACAUUGUGGACUGUGCAGUAGACUCCAUGUCUGGUAUGACAUCACAACCAAGCAUGGGAGCCAUAGUUGCAUCACUGGAGAAAACUGCCCUAGAUACAGGUAUCCCAUUGAAGGAAGUAUUCAAGUAUUCUGACUACUGGGAACAAACCAGACAAUUGUAUGGACCCUUUGAGUGCACCACUACGAUGAAGAGUGGCAAUGCAGAUAUCUAUGAGAAUGAGAUCCCAGGAGGACAGUACACCAACCUCCAGUUCCAGGCCUUCAGUCUUGGUCUUGCAUCAGAGUUCAAUGAAGUGAAACGCAUGUACGCUGUGGCUAAUAGACUUCUCGGAGACAUAAUUAAGGUGACUCCAUCAUCCAAAGUUGUUGGUGAUCUGGCCCAAUUCAUGGUGCAGAACAAGCUUACGGCUGAGCAAGUGGAAGAUCGCGCUGAAGAGCUUUCCUUCCCUAAAUCAGUGGUAGAGUUUAUGCAAGGCCAUAUUGGCAUCCCACCAGGUGGAUUCCCUGAGCCACUUAGAACAAAGAUCCUAAAGGGAAUGCCAACAAUAGAUGGCAGACCAGGUGCCAGUUUAUCCCCAUUAGAUUUCGCACAACUUGGCAAGGAAUUGGCAGAGAAACAUGGAAAAACUGUGAAGGAACGUGAUGUCAUAAGUGCUGCCCUCUACCCUCAAGUCCUCGAUGACUUCAUGGAUUACAUCAAUCUCUAUGGGCCUGUUGAUAAACUUAACACAAGAAUUUUCUUUGAUGGACCAAAGAUUGCUGAAGAAAUAGAGGUUGAAAUUGAGAAGGGCAAAACUCUUCACAUCAAGAUGUUGGCUGUUGGUGACCUGAACAAGCUGGGACAGAGGGAGGUGUUCUUUGAGCUGAAUGGUCAACUGAGAACAGUCCUUGUGAAGGACCAGACUGCAAUGAAGACUAUGCACUUCCAUCCUAAAGCCCUGAAAGGUGUCAAGGGGUCUGUUGGUGCUCCAAUGCCUGGAGAAAUUGUGGACCUCCGUGUAAAAGAGGGAGACACUAUCAGCCAAGGAGACCCCUUAGUUGUACUUAGUGCCAUGAAAAUGGAACUCUUGGUUAGCGCACCAAUGUCAGGAACAAUUAAGAAAUUACAUGUUGAAAAGGGCAUGAAGCUUGAAGGAGAUGACCUUCUCUUGGAUAUAGAGUAGAAGAUACACCAUUUAGAAUAUAAGGAUUUCAGAUACAGUGAAACAGAUGUACUGUAAAACCUGUUACUGAGUAGAACACCUCUGUCAGUGGAGAAGAAAGUCCUAUUAUUCAAUUUGAAGUCAACUCAAGUGGAAGAGCAACCAAGUGGUACACAAUUUUUAUAGUUUUACUGUACAUGUUAAGAGAGUGUGCAUAGAAUAGUAGACUACUAGGUAGAAGAGGGGGAGAAACCCCAGGGUUCAAAGAUGACAUACGCUUAUAAUGUAAAUCUGUAUUGGGAUGACAUCAUCGCUGAUUGG